AAACCUGCGUUGCCGUGACUACCAGUUUAUAACCAUGUCGACUGUAAUCUGAGGUGACUCAAAUGGCUAACGUGGUUGUUUUAUUGUUGUCCUCGUAUACUUCACGCCUGGCCACGUCUGUUUUACUCUUCAUCUCCGUGGCUCACACACAAAACACUGUCGUUUUCCAGCCUUCUUUUCUGACCGCAACUGGGCCAAAGACCGCCGCACUUUUGCUGGGAAACACGUCGGACAUCUCUCUGUAUCUGAGGACGGUUUCUCCCUCCAGUGAGACAGGAAGCAUCGGUCCUCCAUCAUGUGUAGCUGAAGUAACACAGUGGGUGCUCACAAGGGAGCAGGUGGGAAAGUCUGCAGUUCGAGUUCGGCUGAGUCUGGAUAAAAAUCUGCGUUUGUGUGGUCAGAAUGAGACGGACGCAGACUGCUGUCCGAAGCCACUGUGUGUCCUGGAGACGCUUCAGGUGUCUGCCUGUGUGGGCGGCACGCCUCAGGCAUCGCUGCUGAUCCAGGCCACGAUACAUGCCCUGCUGGUGCCUUCUACUGCUGGAUCUGAUAAUAAAACUGUCAUUCCGAACCAAGUGUACCAAACGCUGGGCUCUUGUCCCUGUGACCUUACAUUUGGAGCAUGUGAUGUACGCUGCUGCUGUGACAAGGACUGUUCCACUGAGACUUUGAAGCUGUUUGCAUCCCAUUGUCUCCUGGGGCCGUUUGGUGGACAGGUCUCUCCUGCUCCAGAUUAUCAGUGCUCCGUGCAGUCUGCUGAAGACUCCUCAGACUGGUUUCCAUUUUUAUGUGUUCAGUCUCCACCUGAAAACAACCCUUACCUCGGGCUCUUUUACCAGGGAAAAACAAUUGCAACUAAGCGUGGCCCGUCCUUUCAGAGGCCCAUUUUGUCGGCUCCACUUCCAGAUAACGUUUAUCUUCAAGGAAGUCCCAUUUUCACAGUUAAUGACCGGUACUUCACUAUUCCCCAGAAGGUGCUUGGGCGCUGUGUUACUAAUGCUCCUGUAGCGUUUUUGAAGAAUUUCGAAGUGGAGUGUGUAACUCUGCUGCACUCGUGUCCAGCUGGAGCUCCCUUACAGACACUACCAAAGGAUUUGACAGUGAAAGUGAAGAAUGGGCAAGGAGGUGAUGCUGAAGUGGAUGUAAUUGAGGAAGUGGCCACUGACUUGAGUCGAUUUAUUUCAAGCACAGAUGCCGUUGCCUCUUCAGAUGAGAGGCUAGCGUGUGAGAAUGUGACUUUAGCGCUGGAUUACAAAUUCUACUGGAAAGGAAACAGCAUCACAAGAAUCUCAGUGACACGCACUGUCGGGACCAUCUCUUUGAAUGGUAGCAUGGCAUUAACUACAAGGUAUUCUGCUGUGUUUCUAAAUGGAGAAUUUGCUGGUGAGCCAAACUCAGGAAACCCAGGUUAUCAGGUGGGAUUGCCUGUUAUCGCUGGAAUUGUGGACAUGUUGGAGAAUGAUACAGGCUCAAUACAGAGGACAUCAAUUAAUCUCUGGAAACCAGUGGGUGAUGGAUUCUGUUCCACUGCUGAGAAGAAACCGGUGCUGUUUGGGGAGAAUUCAACAUCAGGAUGUCUGCUGCCAGUCAGUGGACAGAAUCUGACACAGUGUGACCUCCUGCGGGAGACUGUUACUUCUCUCCAGGCAGCUUUGAUUACAGCCACAUAUGUAGCAAAGAGUGGAAAUCCAGAUUACUUAACUAUGACGGACUGGGUGAACAUAAGCUAUGUGACACUGAACUCCAGCACAUCUAUGGACAACAACACAAGUUCAUGCUAUGGGAUUCCGUCCCACCAGCAUAUCCAUGUUUGGAGUCUUAUCACCAGCACUGUAGAUGGCAUACCUCAAAGGGAUAUCCGUGCCGUGCAAGUCAGCUAUAGCCCGUCCACCUGGGCCCUGGAUUGUGGAGGAGGUGACGUCUCCUCCUGUGUGGACCCCAUGGAGACUCAGUUGUUCCCCAUCACCUCCUCUGUCACUUUUACUGAUAUUCCAAUCAACACAGGACCACCAAAAACCAGGUUUCAGAUCAACUUCACAGAGUAUGACUGUAACCGGAAUGAUGUCUGUUGGCCUGAGCUCGCCUUCCCCAUCACCAAGUACUACACAGGUGAACCAUAUUCUCAGUCACUGGCUAAAGGCCUCAUCUUGGUUUUCUUUUUUGUCACGGCCUCAAUUCUUGGCACUCCGUGGAGACAAAUCCGACAGGCGUGGAGCUGUGCUGCUCUCUAGAACUAGACGAGUGGAGAGAAUGAAAGGUUGAACAAGAUGAUGUAUUCAAGUGUCACUGAAAUGUAAUGACAGCUUUUGUCUGUUAAAUAUUGUUUAUAAUAGCAUAGUUUGUACAUGUUUGCGAGAAUGUAAAUAAUUAAAUUGAUGCACCAUUUUGUAAUAAAGAUAUUUUUUAUGACUUUUAAA